AUGGUAGUCUGUAAAGUCGGUUUACUUACGGAAGAUAAUUUUGAGUGAUAACAUCAUAAGAAAACAUUGAUGAAAAAUUGUAUACUUUUAUUUAUGAAUUGAAUUAUUAUCACUGAAUUAUCAUUAAUUUGUAUAAUACAGUUACCAUGGAGAUCUCUCCACAACGUGACACUUUUUCGUGCAUGCUACCGAUGUUCAUCAAUUUAUAAGACGUUAUCACGUCAAAAAUGCACAAUCCCUCUCAGAGGCCCCAACCUCAUACCCACCAACCCCAACUUUCUUCCGCCCAACUCUUUGCGCUGCCGCCACACCGCCUUUCUUUCACUCAGUCACCCCGCACGCGACUCGGCGAGCGCACGCGCCAUGCCCCAGUGACAGUGACAGUUGACAUUUGACAGUUGACAGUGCCACCAUGAAGCUAAUACUUGUUAUGUUGGCGGUCAGCCCAGUGCUCGCGCAGGAGGAUUCGUUCGCGAGCUCCUUUCUUUCCGGUCUAUUAGAUACAUUGGACACACAAGUGGACGCCAAGAACUGCCCCGGCGUGUGCAUGCACGCCAUCGCGUCGCUCAUCUGCUCCAACGUGCUCGAUGAGGUCGAGUGCCCCAAUCCCUCCAUGAAAUGCUGCGUGGACGAGCCGCUUGGCAACGACACGUUGUCGACGACGCGACGGCCGUUCACGACGCGCUACACGACGCCGGAUGACGAGGAGGAGCCCACCACGCCCGCACCAGACAGAUACAAAGACAGUGGUAAUAUCGCGUGCCCCGGUACAUGCGUGGAGAACCGUCUCACACAAUACUGCGAGGCCUAUCUAACGUCACGGGACCUCUGCGUAUCUGGACGGUUGUGCUGUGUGGCCAAAGAUGGCUACGGUGACCGACGUCCGGCUGACCUGGUGGUGCCUAGCGAGAAUAAGAAGCACACUAAGAGACCUAGCACAGCUCUGACUACAACAUCAGCCCCUUCAAAAUACAAGGGCCCUACGCGCAAAUGCCGCGGCGACUGCAUCAGCGGACUCUUCGCUCUGCUCUGCGACCACGUGGACGAGGACGCGUACUGUCCCGGAGAAGGGACGUGCUGUGCUACGGAGCCUAAAGGGGAACAGACUACGACCAGGCGACCACAGACUACACCGAGACCUACUACGCCGGCACCGCUGCCUCGCUGCCCCGGCUACUGUCUCCUGAACAUCAUGGCGGCGUUCUGCGAGCGGCCCGCCGUGCUCGUGUCCCACACACAGUGCAAGACUAGCGGCUCCGUGUGCUGCGACAAUAGCAGAGUGCCCCCGCGCACGACGCAGCGGCCGACGACCACGACGCCGAGCACGACGCCGGCGCCGGCCGACCCGCGCCCGGACUGCCCGGGCUCCUGCAUCGUUUCACUAUUGUCUUUCACGUGCUUCCGCAACGCAGAAAUGACGGACGUGUUCAAGUGCAAGAAAGCUGGUACGCAAUGUUGCGCGCCCAAAUCCAAAGUGCUGGAAGUGACCGGUGUGCAGAGGAACGAUACAUAUCCCCUCGCUACUCCACAGUACGAGCCCUAUACCACCACGCCGCAUCCCCCGCCCAUGACUGUCCCGUAUGAACCAACUUACGGCUCAACGAUAAGAGUGCCGGAAAAAUACAACAAAUACGUUUGCGGAGUGAAAGGAACUUCCUCCCGCAGUUCCCGCCGUCUCGGCCGAGUGAUGGGCGGCGAGGACGGCGAGCGCGGCGAGUGGUGCUGGCAGGUGGCGCUCAUCAACUCCCUGAACCAGUACCUGUGCGGCGCCGCGCUCAUCGGCACACAGUGGGUGCUGACUGCGGCGCACUGUGUUACCAAUAUCGUCCGCUCCGGCGACGCCAUCUACGUGCGCGUGGGAGACCACGACCUCACCCGCAAGUACGGCUCGCCCGGCGCCCAGACCCUGCGCGUGGCCACCACCUACAUCCACCACAACCACAACAGCCAGACCCUGGAUAAUGAUAUAGCACUGCUCAAGCUACAUGGGAAGGCGGAGCUCAAAGAAGGAGUGUGCCUGGUGUGCCUGCCGGCGCGGGGAGUGAGCCACGCGGCGGGCAAGCGCUGCACCGUCACCGGCUACGGGUACAUGGGCGAGACUGGUCCUAUCCCACUGCGGGUGCGGGAGGCCGAGCUGCCGAUAGUCAGCGACGCGGAGUGCAUACGGAAAGUGAACGCCGUCACUGAGAAGAUCUUCAUCCUGCCCGCCAGCUCGUUCUGCGCGGGCGGCGAGGAGGGCAACGACGCCUGUCAGGGCGACGGCGGCGGGCCGCUGGUGUGCCAGGACGACGGGUUCUACGAGCUGGCGGGGCUGGUGUCGUGGGGCUUCGGCUGCGGCCGCCAGGACGUGCCCGGCGUCUACGUCAAGGUGUCUGCGUUCAUCGGCUGGAUCAACCAGAUCAUCUCCGUCAACAACCUAUAGUAUUAGACGUUACUAGAACUCUAUUCAAAGGUCUGGGGUUUGUUACGUUCACAUUGGACUGACAGGCGGUUCACCGCAAGCCAUUUAUAAGCGUCCAAUAGAUGAAUAGUGUUCACACUACUAACAAGUCAAGUUCAGGUACUACGAGUAUGGGCUCAUUUACACGGUGCGAGAACUCGCGCGAGUUUCAUUACAUUGCGGUAUUUAAUCGGUCGCCGAAUUAGUUGUAACCUCAAUAGUCCGCAAUGUAACUAAAAUCGCAUGCGAGUUCGCGUGCCGUCUAAAUCGGCCCUAUCUUUAACUUUCGAUAAUUUACUUUAAAAAUGUACCUUUAAUAUGAAGGCCAUUAUUGUCAAAAUCUACAUAACCUGCAUUAUCUGCAGGAGUGAAAAAUAAAAGUAAGU